AACGUCAAAGACUUACGUUUGCAAAACAUGAACUUUUUCAAUAAAAUCAAUGAUAAAAACGUUGGUUUUGAGUAUGUUUUGUGGUGCUGAUGUUGCUAUUCAAUUAAUAUUUACAACGAACUUUCUUAGGCAUAGCCUUCGCGUUUUAAAAGACUGUAUAGAAACGUCAAAGAAACACGAUGUGUUAUUACAUGAAAUACAGACAAACUCGAAGAUUCCUCGCCUUUCUACAUUAAUAGGCUAAAAAGCACACUUUAGCAAGAUCAUCUGAUUACAAUAAACUUUAUGAUAAACUUUCAUAUACAAAGUUCAAAAAAGAUACUCGUGUUUUAUAGAGCAACAAGAAUUGUGUACUACACUCUGUUAAAUUAAAGAAAGGAAAUUUCUACAGUUUAAAGCAUAUUAUUUAUUUUUAACUUAUACAAGGACAUAUAUAUUCGUGAAUUGUUUAAAAAAAAAAAAAGAGAACUUUUCCUUUGCUAAACAUUGUUUCAAACAAAACAAACCCUUUAGCACUAUUAGGCAUAAUUUAUAUCUACCUGAAGCAAGAAACACUUGAAGUCUUGCAGUAAUAGUAGAUACAUAUUGGAAACCUCUAAGAAACUUAUAAAUGUUUUAAUUAAACUACAUAAGGACAUCAAAGUUUUUGACAAAUGGACUUUUUAAUCUUUUACCACAGUGACUUUAAAUCGGAUUUCAUGUGCAAUCUUCUGAACUUUUCUUCUUGUAUAUCAAAAAUGUUACUACAUUAUUUCCUACCGUAAAAGGUUUAAAGGCGCCAGAACUGCAUUGGCUUCAUACAAGAAAGCCCGAAAAAUCCAGAAAUACAAAGCCUGGAUGACGGGACAAGUGACAACAUACUUUUGAGCAUUAGUGAAAGUGAAUAUCAAAUAAAAAGUGAAAUUAUGGACAAUAAUACGGACGGAGACAACUUAAAUCUGAGCUGUGGAGAAAAUGAUAUAGUAGAUGAAUUAAAAAUUGCUGCAGAUGAAACUUAUGAUACACGCAGUGAGGUUUCAUCCAGUAGUUCAAAUUCUGAUUCUAGUCAACCCAGUAUAAGUUCUGUCUCAACAAAAUCCUCACGUGGAGAUAAUAAACGAAAUCGGAAAAAUAGAGGGAAGCGUGCUAGAUCAAGAGAUUCUAAAUCUUCUAGUCCUGAAACAAAACGUGCAAGAUCCAAGGAAAGUAAAGGAAUUGCUAAAAGUUAUGAUUAUGCUACAAAAUUAAAUUACUUAUUCAGAGAUGCAAGAUUUUUCAUCAUCAAGUCAAACAAUGCUGAAAAUGUUACACUAUCAAAGGCUAAAGGUGUAUGGAGUACGUUACCUCAAAAUGAGGCCAACCUAAAUCAAGCUUACAGAGAAUCUAGAAAUGUCUUACUUGUGUUUUCUGUGAAAGAAUCAGGAAAAUUUGCUGGUUUUGCUCGACUUAGUACAGAAUCUAGAAGAGACGGAGCACCAAUUUCCUGGGUAUUGCCACCUGGGUUGUCUGCUAAAGCUCUGGGUGGUGUGUUUAAAGUGGAUUGGAUAUGUAGAAAGGAAUUACCAUUUACAGCAACAUUGCAUUUAUACAAUCCAUGGAAUGAUGGUAAACAGGUAAAAAUUGGUCGUGAUGGACAAGAAAUUGAACCAAAAGUUGCAGAAGAAUUAUGCAGACUAUUCCCAGAGGAUGAGGGAAUUGAAAUGACUCCAAUUUUGAGAAAGUCUAAAGAAGCGGCAAAACAUAUAAUGAAAUCUCGUUCAUAUCGAGAUAAUAGACCUGUUAAUAAUAGUUCUAGAUUUUUACGAUCAAGGGGUGGCAGAGGACGUAGACUUUUUUUAACCUCACGAUCUCGGUUAGCUUCUUUAGCUAGAGGAUCUUACUUAGCUGGUAACGAACACAGAGGAUCGAGAGAUCAUCAUCAUCAUCAUCGAUAUACUAGCUGGUUUAAUCGAAGCGAUUCUCCCUAUUCGAAAGGAUAUGGUAGUCCUGGAUUGGGUGUAGCUGCAGCAGCUGAAGCAUAUGUCGCAGAUUAUAUGCGUACUAUGCAACAUCAAUUACCACCAUUACCUCCUUAUGCUGCACCUCAUCCUUAUGAUUCUUUACCUCCACCGCCGCCGCCACCGAGGUAUUACGAUGGUCUACCAUUGCCUCCGGACUAUAGUGCAGCAGCUUCCGCGCUUGAAAAGCGCAGUUACGAAAGAAGUGUAGAUGAAUUUUUAUGGAGAACAGCGAGUCGUCAUAGCCGACAUAGUGAUCAUCGAUCUUCCCGUGAUCAUCAUCAUAGAUAUAGAGAUCGUAGAUAAGAAAUUUUUAAUAUUGUCUUCAU